GUGUGUGUGUCUCUUGCUUGCAGCCGCUGCAAGUGGCACCGAGCAAACAGCGGCUUUUGUGCGCAUGAUGCACCGUGGUCGACGCACCUGUGCGCACAAUAAACCGAGCCCAGUGCCGCCUGGUCCCCCGCCGCUCCGCACCGGCAUCGUCAGCAGCGGACACACUGGAUCGUGGAUUUUAAAAACUACGGCUGUGUGGAGUUUACAGUUGGAUUUUAGCAGUUGGAUAGGCUACUGUUGGUGGUGUGUGUAACUAAGGGAUGGAAAUGAGAGAGGCCGGUGCAUCCCUUGUCAGCUCCAUUUCCCAGUGGACAACAUGAAGAAGGAACUUCCACUCGCCUUAAUAGACGGAGAGGUCCAUUACAUCAGACCUUGCACCAUGAGUUUUGACACUAUCUGUUUUGAAGAGUAAAAAAGCAAAAUCAACAUCACCACCUCCUGUUGCUUCUUUCAUUUACCCUGCGGAGGAAAAGAACCACCACUCUGCAGACAUUGGACAAUUUACUGAUGUGAUUGACCUUAAGACUGUUAACCACAACGACUGUUCUCUUGUUACUGCCCUUUUCCCUUAAAUAUAUAUGUAUAUAUAUCUAUAUAUAUAUAUAUAUAUAUCUGCACAUAUUGUUGAUAAAACUGUGGAUCCCUGAAAUUCAGUCUAACCACCAUAAGAUUUCAGUCUGACUGAGUUCCCUUGUUUUUGGAUUAAUAACUUCUUUGCAGCUAUGGAUCUUGUCAGUUUUUCUAUCAGGCUGCAAGUGUUCCUCAGCACAUGUAUGGGACUGGAAUUUUUAGGCACACCAGGUCAGUGGGCACGCUACCUCCGCUGGGACGCCAGCACUCGCGGUGACCUCAGUUUCCAGUUCAAGACGGAGGCCUCAGAGGCUCUGAUGCUUUAUUUUGAUGAUGGAGGUUACUGUGACUUUAUGCAGCUGUCGGUGGUGGAGGGCCGACUGCACCUGCAUUUCAGCAUUGACUGUGCUGAGACCACAGUGGUGUCUGACAGACGGGUGGAUGACGGCAGCUGGCACUUUGCCACUCUGAGCAGGUAUAACCUGCGCACAAUGCUGGUGCUGGAUGGCCAGGCCACAGCUGACGAGGUGCGGCCUCAGCGUCAGUUCAUGAAAAUAGUCAGUGACCUGUUCCUGGGUGGAGUGCCUCAGGAUAUCCGCAGUGGUGUGCUCACACUGCCAACAGUGCGAAACAUGCAGCCCUUCAGGGGCACAAUUACAGACCUCAAAUACGGCAUCUCACAACCCCUGUUUCUGGGAAGCCUUAAGGUGCCCCUGGAAUCAGAAGGGUGGUGCACUGUGAACCCAUGUGAGAAUGGUGGUACAUGCUCAGUGGUGGAUGGACAGCCAAUCUGUGACUGCUCCAAAACGGAGUACAAGGGCCGCUUCUGCAGUGAAGAAGUCACCAAUAAUAUGCCAGGCCUUGCACAUAUGAUGGCAGAACAAGCUAAAAGCAAAGGUACAUCUUUUUCGAAAUCUUUCCUUUUCCGUCUCUAUGAAAAGCGACGCUUGCUCUCAAGGGAAGAAAAUGUUGCCACUUUCCGUGGCUCAGAGUACUUCUGCUACGAUCUCUCCCAGAACCCCAUCCAGAGCAGUAGUGAUGAGAUCACGCUCUCCUUCAAGACAUGGCAGCGCAAUGGCCUUAUCCUUCACACUGGCAAGUCAGCUGACUAUGUCAACCUCGCCCUGAAGGACGGCGCUGUCUCCCUUGUUAUCAACCUUGGCUCUGGAGCCUUUGAGGCCAUCGUGGAGCCAGUCAAUGGGAAAUUCAAUGACAAUUCUUGGCAUGAAGUCAAAGUGACCCGCAACCUUCGACAGGUGACAAUAUCAGUGGAUGGGAUUCUGACCACCACGGGUUACACCCAGGAAGACUACACCAUGUUGGGCUCUGAUGACUUCUUCUAUGUGGGUGGAAGCCCCAGCACUGCUGACCUGCCUGGUUCUCCAGUCAGCAACAACUUCAUGGGCUGUCUGAAGGAGGUGGUAUAUAAGAACAAUGACAUCCGACUUGAGUUGUCCCGUCUGGCUCGGAUUGUGGACCCUAAGAUGAAAAUCCAGGGUGAGGUGUCCUACAAGUGUGAGAACGUGGCCACGUUGGACCCCAUUUCUUUCGAGACUCCUGAGGCCUACAUCAGCCUCCCCAAGUGGAACACCAAGCGGAUGGGAUCCAUCUCUUUUGAUUUCCGUACAACUGAGCCCAACGGCCUCAUCCUCUUCACUCAUGGCAAACCCCAGGAGCGCAAAGAUGCUGCUCGCAGCCAGAAGAACACCAAGGUGGAUUUCUUUGCUGUAGAACUACUGGAUGGCAGCCUGUACCUGCUGUUGGACAUGGGCUCAGGGACUAUAAAGGUGAAGGCCACUCAGACAAAGGUCAAUGAUGGUGCCUGGUAUCACGUGGACAUCCAGAGAGAUGGACGCUCAGGCACCAUCUCUGUAAACAGCAGAAGGACGCCAUUCACAGCCAGUGGUGAGAGUGAGAUUCUGGACUUGGAGGGUGACAUGUAUUUGGGGGGGCUUCCUGUUGACCGCACCAACCUCAUCCUGCCCACUGAGCUGUGGACAGCGAUGCUCAACUACGGCUACGUGGGCUGUAUUCGUGACCUUUUCAUUGAUGGUCGAAGCAAAGACAUCCGUCAGAUCGCUGAGGCCCAAAAUGGUGCUGGAAUCAAACCCUCAUGCAACAAGCAAACGGGCAAGCAGUGUGAGAGCUACCCAUGCAAGAACCGGGGGGUCUGCAAAGAAGGCUGGAACAGAUUCAUCUGUGACUGCACUGGGACUGGCUACUGGUCACGCACCUGCGAGAGAGAGGCAUCCAUCCUCUCCUACGACGGCAGCAUGUAUAUGAAAGUGGUGAUGCCGAACAUCAUGCACACUGAGGCAGAGGACGUUUCCCUGCGUUUUCGUUCCCAACGGGCCUAUGGCCUCCUCAUGGCCACCACCUCCCGAGACUCAGCCGACACGCUCAGGCUGGAGUUGGAUGGGGGUCGUGUCAAACUCACAGUCAACCUAGACUGUAUCAGGAUAAACUGUAACUCCAGCAAGGGACCGGAGACCCUGUAUGCCGGGCAAAAGCUCAAUGAUAAUGAAUGGCAUACAGUGCGUGUGGUGCGUCGUGGCAAAACCUACAAGCUAACGGUUGACGAUGAUGUAGCAGAAGGCCAAAUGGUGGGUGACCACACUCGUCUGGAGUUCCACAACAUUGAAACAGGCAUCAUGACAGAGCGCCGAUUUGUUUCCAGCAUCCCGUCCAGCUUCAUUGGUCAUUUGCAAAGCCUGAGAUUUAACGGCAUGCUCUACAUCGACCUGUGCAAGAACGGUGACAUCGAUUACUGCGAGCUUAAUGCUCGCUUUGGGAUUCGUUCCAUUAUUGCUGACCCUGUCACCUUCAAAUCCAAGAGCAGCUACCUGAGCCUUGCCACCCUGCAGGCCUACACAUCCAUGCACCUCUUCUUCCAGUUCAAGACCACCUCCCCAGAUGGCUUCAUACUCUUCAACUCUGGAGAUGGCAAUGAUUUCAUCGCUGUAGAACUGGUGAAAGGAUAUAUCCACUAUGUGUUUGACCUUGGAAAUGGACCGAACCUCAUCAAAGGCAAGAGCGAAAGAGCCCUGAAUGACAACCAGUGGCACAAUGUGGCCAUCACUCGAGACAACAGUAACACCCACACACUGAAAGUAGAUGCCAUAGCAACCAGUCAGAGUAUCAAUGGGGCCAAGAACCUGGACCUGAAAGGUGAUCUGUUCAUUGCAGGACUGGGUCCAGGCAUGUAUGGCAACCUGCCUAAACUCGUGGCUUCCAGAGAGGGCUUCCAGGGCUGUUUAGCAUCAGUGGACCUCAACGGUCGCCUGCCAGACCUCCUCAAUGACGCCUUGUUUCGCAGUGGGCAGAUUGAACGUGGAUGUGAAGGUCCCAGCACCACCUGUCAGGAGGAUUCCUGUGCCAACAUGGGUAUUUGUAUCCAGCAGUGGGAGAACUACACCUGUGACUGCUCCAUGACCUCCUACACAGGCACACAGUGCAAUGACCCUGGAACAACAUACAUCUUUGGCAAAGGAGGAGGCCUCAUUACAUUCAAGUGGCCAGCCAAUGAGAGGCCAAGCACCAGGACAGACAGGUUGACCGUCGGCUUCAGCACGUCCCUCAAAGAUGGCAUUCUGGUCAGGAUCGACAGUGCUCCAGGUCUGGGGGACUAUCUCAUGCUGCACAUACAACAAGGAAAGAUUGGAGUGACUUUCAACAUUGGAACAGUGGAUAUCAGUGUGCAGGAAACCAGUACACCAGUGAAUGAUGGGAAGUAUCAUGUUGUCCGUUUCACCAGGAAUGGUGGUAAUGCUACGCUGCAGGUGGAUAACUGGUCGAUCAAUGAACACUUUCCAACAGGGAACAGCGACAUUGAACUCUAUCAAAUGUCCAAAAAGAAAAUUCCUUUCAAAUACGCCAGACCAGUAGAAGAGUGGCUACAAGAGAAAGGACGGCAGCUGACAAUUUUCAACACUCAAGCAACAGUGGCAAUUGGCGGUAGUGAUCGUGGGCGGCCCUUUCAGGGUCAGCUGUCUGGCCUUUACUAUAAUGGCCUGAAGGUGUUGAACAUGGCUGCUGAUGGCAACCCUAACAUCAAGAUUAACGGCAGUGUGAGGUUGGUAGGUGACGUGCCCAGUGUGGCAGGCUCAGCCAGGACCACAGCCAUGUCACCAGAGAUGUCCACAACCUUCAUUGAGACUACAACCAUGAUGUCCACCACUACCACGCGGAAACACAGAUCCUCUUCAACGGUACAGCAUACGGCAGAUGACAUUGUGUCAUCCGCAGAGUGUUCGAGUGAUGACGAAGACCUGGAGGAGUGUGAAACUAGCCAUGCAGGUGGGCUAGCACUCCCCACAGAGCCGGGCGUCAGGCGAGUUCCAGGGCCCUCGGAAGUGGUCCGUGAAUCUAGCAGCACCACCGGGAUGGUCAUCGGAAUAGUGGCGGCCGCUGCCCUGUGCAUCCUCAUCCUUCUGUAUGCCAUGUAUAAGUACAGGAACAGGGAUGAAGGCUCCUACCAGGUGGACGAGAGCAGGAACUACAUAACCAACUCAGCUGUGCAGAGCAAUGGCGCUGUGAUGAAGGAGAAACAGCAGAGCUUGAAAGGCAGCAACAAGAAACAGAAAAACAAGGAUAAGGAGUAUUAUGUGUGACUGUGAGACUUUUGUCAACACAAGAGAAUGAAGAGAGAAAGCACUAAUCACUUAUGAGUUUCCUCGUGAGGAGCUAUGACAAAUGAUGGUAUAACAUGGAACUUGAAUAAUCUUAUACUGUGCUGAGUAGUUGAACUGAUGAUAUGUACUGUAAUAUAAAGCACACUUACUAUUGUAAGCAUAAUGGCAAGGCUAAAUAGCAACUUUAGAGAUCUUACUCUUCUAUCUGGUGAGAGACAUUAUCAGUAUAGAAUUAUUUCACAGCUACACCAUUUUCCUAAGUGACUUUUAGAGCGAAGUGAUCCUUGGCAUUAACAAAACAAUUUUGUUAGAAUUGUUAAUUACAAAAGGUCCAUAAUCUUCUACAUUUUCAGCAUGUAAACAACAUGUAGUGCUUAAUGAGGGGUCAAGCACAUGAACACCGUCAAAGUAAAAAAGGAUGCUGUAUCAGAAUAUGACAAAUUUUAUGGUUUAUACAUUAUACAAGUGUGGUGUCUUAUUUUUGCUUUAAGCAAAAGAAAAAAAAUGACUAAAAGAACAUCAAGAAAAAAAAAAAACUUUUCUGUGUAUAAAAUGAAUCCAAGGAAGCAAAUUGUGCGGUGGGCAGAAAUCAUAGACUCUGUUCACUCUGGCAUCUGAUUUAUCACAGUGAUUCUCAUUAUCUGAUACUAUGUGGAAGAAGUGGCCCGAUCUCUAGGUCAGAAGGACAGAAGCAGACUGUAAGAUUCAUGCCAUUCUAAUUCUACAGUGAAAUAUGAAGGGUAAAAGUCCAGUAUACAGUCUUGUCUAAAUGCCAAAACAGCUCUUCAUCACCAGAUCAGACGUUAGCCCUGCUCUUCACUUUGAACCCUUCAAAAUGUUAACCAUGGAAAAUGAUCUCUUAAAGAAACGGUGCACAGCCAGUGGUGGUUUUAUCUUUUUGCUAAAUCGUAUGUUGGUUCAUUGCAUAUCGUACUCUUUUUCUAUGGUGUCAGGAGGAAGACAAAUGCAGUACUACAACACUGUUAACAAAUGUGUAUACAAAAUAAAUCAAAUGUUGAAAGUGUGAAUUCUAUCUGCUGUCACAAUCAGCUGUGUCAAAAAACAAGAAAUUUGUUUACAUAUUUUAUUACACACUAGCUGUUGUACUUUGUAGGUAGGAAAUUGUACAUAUCCAUGACAGUUGUAAUUUUUUAGUACCUCUAUUGUACAGACUGAACAUAUGGUUUAUCAGCGUAUUUGACAUGAUGAAAUCUAUUAACUGUUAAUUUACAUUGAGAAGGACUUUAAUCAGAAUGUGGAGAAUCAUAUUGAUAUUCAUAAAGAAUAAAAAUGUAUUGUUAGCCUAGAGAUCUAACCAGAGAUGUUUCUAAAGUUGCAUGAAUAUUUAACUACUUGCAGUUGUCCAACAAAUACAAGGUGCCCAUCCUUCUGUAUCAUGGCUUUCUUGUUCUGGGUUACACUAGUGUUAUUUCUUUUUGAAAGAAAAUAAAUUCAGACUUGUGACAAGAAAGACAAACAGGCUUAUGGGUGGGGCUUUACAGUCACAGAAACACAAGCUAAAAUGGUGUUUUUGACUGGUCACCUCAAAUCAUAGUCUUGUUACUUCUUUAUCAUUAGUUAACAUCUUGUUUUGACAUUAUUUUACUGUCCCGUUAUGUUGCCAUUUUCUGCCAUUGUCAUUUAAUGAUGUGGAGGUGCAGUCUUUCUCUUGACUGGAAUUCACAUUUUUGUGUUACAAUUGUUACUUUUCGCAACCUUUUUUCAUCAGUUUGAUAACAAAUAAAAUAUUCUUUUUUUCUCUGAAA